CAGUGCCACUGAUGAGCGAGGACGAUGAAAACUACUAAAGCUAACAACAGUUGAUAAACAAGCGCGAAGCAAUACUAACAGCAAGGAUGCCACCCAAGAGAUCAAAAAGUGUGGCAAGCAGUGCAGGCAGUAAGAAGAAAGGCAAGACGACUGAGUCACCUGCCCAAGGGGAAAAGCUUGGUCACCCUGAUGAUAUCCUCCCCAUGGUCCUGACAUCAGCCACCCAGGAGCUCUUUGGUUGCCGUGCGGAUGAGGACGUCACAGGGGAGAGCCCUUACAAGCUGCUAAAAAAAGAAGACAUCAUACAGGACCUUAAGACAAGAGCCGCAGUGUCCGAUUUCAGCCCUGCGAAGCAGAUUGUGCUGGAUUACCCAGAGGAUGAGCUCCUGCUGGUGUUUGACAGGGACUUCACCUAUGACCAAUUAUUCUACCUGGUUCUGACUCCAGAAGCCAAAGACAGAAUCCUCAAUCCCCCACAGCCUGAGGCACCAGAGGUUUGUGAGAAUGAAGUUAAUAAAACUGGAAGAUCAGAACCGAAGCCAUGGAUAUCCCUUGGUAGUGAGCAGGAAAUAGAUGAGGAAUCUUUCAAAGAGAGCAGGGAAAAGCUGUGGUACAAGUUCUCCAGAGUGAGGAGGAAGUUUGGCGCUCCAGUCUGUUUUUCUGAGCGUAACAUUGAUGCCUACAUGGAGUGUGUUCCCUUCCAAGACAGCAGAUUCAGAAUCAAACAGAUGCAGAGGGACUGCGGGAUGCAGGCUGUUCCCAGAAUGCAGAGCAGCAGUUCUCAGACUCAGUGGAAGUUUAAGAGGAAUAUCUUUACUCAGUACACGCCAAGAGAGUUAAGCGAUGGAGAUAAGGAGAACAUCCACCAGCGUGAGAAUCUGAAGCAUUUCUGCAACUCCGUGACCCCCAGAGUUUUGCAAGCCCUACAGCAGGAGGAAAUCAUGAAUGUGUUCUUCGAUGACUGGAAGGCCCUGGGGACAGCAGGUGAUGAUGCUGACUGGUCGGGGAAGAUUUCUGAAGGUUUGAUGCUCUAUCAGGCCUUCACAGACCAGAAGUACACCAAGGACAAGAAGAUCAGCAGCAUAAACUGGCACCCUACCAUCUACGGUGUGCUAGCUGUGGCUUUGACAGAAAAAAAGAAGGAGGAGGUAAUGGAUGAGUCCUCAGCGUUCGAAGUCGGAGCGUCUCACAUUGUCUUCUAUAGUUUCUCCGACCCGUCUAAUCCCCAGUUGCUGCUGGAGUGCCCAGAUGACAUUUUUGCCUUUGAGUUCUGCCCCUCUGAUCCAAAUAUUAUCGUUGGCGGCUGCGUGAAUGGCCAGGUGGUGUUGUGGGACAUUUCUGCUCACGUCAUACACCUACAGGGAACACAGCCAGGCAAAAAGGCUUCACUCAACACUGACACAUUCGACCUCGAUGACAACAAAGAGAAUAAGACACCUGUUGUGCGCUACUGUGCUGUGUCUGCAUUAGAGAGCAGCCACAAAGCGCCAAUUACUGAUGUCCAGUGGCUGCCACCAACAUUUGAGGUGACCAAGUUGGGCUUACCAGUGGAGAACAAGAACAACGUAUCUGUUCAGGUCGUCACCUGCUCCCCAGACUGUACUUUAAUGUUCUGGGAUGUGCGAGUGACAAAACUGUUGAGCCAGUCAGGGUCGGACAGGAAGCAGAAUGCCGAUCAGAAGACUUCCUACGGUGUCCCUGAGACUUUCAAACAUCUGGACCGGACAUGGAAGCCUCUGUUUAAGGUUUCCCUGCCAAAGAUCGAUACCGGUGGAGAAUACGCUCCUCUCAAGUUCAGCCUGGAACUCUACACCUGUAACGCUAAUAAUACAGGCAGGACCAAAGGACCACAGGACUUUCCACACUUUUCGGAGCAGCCCCUCAUGGGGAUUAAGCAACAGUUGAGCGGCAGUGCUCUGGGAACGUGA